AUGGGAAUUGGUAAUAGAAUCGCAACUGUUCUAUUUUAUUUAACUACACCAGAAAAGGGUGGCUAUACAAUUUUUAAUAAAAUAAAUACAAUUGCUAAACCAUCUAAACGUGAUGCUCUUUUUUGGUAUAAUUUGUUAAGAAAUGGAGAUGGAGAUUUAAGAACAAUGCAUGCAGCUUGCCCAGUUUUAAUUGGAGAUAAAUGGGUUGUAAAUUCUUGGAUACGUGAAAGAGGACAAGAGAAUUUUCGUCCAUGUUCAUUAAAAUCACCAACGAUGGAACGUUAUGUUGGAGAUUUAGGAGGUUAUUAUGAAAAUAUUAUGAAAAAAUAUCACCAUAAUUUAAAAAAUGAUUAGCUUGAAAUAAAAUGUGGCAAAAUACAUUUACGUAUAUACAGAGGACCAGAGGUGGUCGGAAUUCCAAUUUACUACGUUUUUUUCCUUCCGAUUUCCGAUUUCCGAAAUUUUGGAAAAAUUUCCGAGUUCCACUUUUGACCCAUUUCCGAUUUCCGACAGUUCCGAUUUCCGGCACCUCUGAUUGUUCCGACCCACCUCUGCAGAGGACCCAAAAAAUUUUAGGACGCUAUUUAAAUUAAAGUUAAUGAGAUCAAUAAAGCUUAUAUGAUAGAGAACCAAAUAAGAACAAAUAAAAUCAAGAAUUUUAGAAGUACCUACACUUUGCGCGGUCACAGUUAAAGGCGGAUGAAAAU